AUGACAGAGGAAAAGCUUCACUUCCGUCAUAACCGCAGAAAUCCGAUAUCCCGAAAUCCUGAUACAUGUGACAGUAUCACAUCCCACAGGGUUAAGUGUAUCAUUGGCCGCAGGGAAGCAAUGUGGGAUGUCACUAUUUCAAUACGGGAAGGCACCCCGGAUGGCAAUGAGUUACAGGCAAACGCUGGAUGCUAUCGGGUGCGAAGGAAGAACGGACGGCUGCGCUGCAAUGUUGAGCGCCUUCAUAAAUUCGGGCUUGUCAGACAGCGACUGGUAGUGAAAGUCGAGCGUAUUUCGCCAUGGAAUAGUCUCGCCCCUCCAGUUAACGAAAGACCCAGUAUACUUGAUACUGAAAUUCUCUAUCACAUUCUACAUUCCCUCGAUGCACUCGUUCAUGUCGUCGCGCGAACGGAAGCUGGACAGGCGGGUCGGCUGGUAGCCCGGAUACAGAGCGACAACAGCAAUGUUAUCGCCAUUGCUCUCGAACUCUGCUGCCAUGGUGUGGAUAACAACGUUGUCGCCGAGUCCAUCUUGUUCAAGACCGACCCUGUGACGCCGACCUCUCGUGGCGUCUCUCUUGCCGCCGACUUUGUUGCCGAGCCCACCAGCGGCAUUUCCAACGAGGCGAUGGUACAGGCACAGGAAUUGCCUGCCCCGGAUAACUCAUAA